AUGUGUUACCUCAACCUUCAGCACUAUAUCCAUUGCAAGCAUACAAACGCCCAAUUCCGCUCGUGCUGGACCCCUGCCACCAACCGGAUAGGACUGGAGAAUGGCGAUCACAAUGUCUUGCGUGCCGAAAUCCACUCGUACGACAGACUCUGUGGCGCGUGCUACUGCGAUGCCGUAGAGAGAGCAAGCGAGAAAACCGGCAAGGUCAUAUCCGACCCCUGGUCAGAAUGGCUGACUCCCAAUCAGCUUACUGCUCACAUCGAAUUCAAGGGCAGCGGUGAAGUUUUGGAGGCAUAUCGAGACGCUGGGAAGGGACAACCACUCGACGUAAACAAGGACCAUGGCGGCAGGGUUAUAGCUUGUAUGUUCGAAGGCGGCAUUGACCGGGAGGAAGCCUUGCGCAAGCCAAGAGCUGCAUUUCGCCAUAGACCAACGCAUAUUGGAAUGACUGGCCACCCAGUGCCCGAAGAGCUACAGGAGCCUCUGUUCGUCUUGACUGGGGAUGCGUACGACACCGACUACGUCAAUGACGACUGUGAUCCCACGACCAAUGUCAAGGAAAUUCUUCCGUACUUCUCAGCUUGUAAACAAUUCAACGGUCUGUGGAGUGAGGAGCUGAAUGUGCAACACGGUGGUGUCGUGGCUCGCUGUGGUUGUGGCAGAUUCGAUGAGAAGCUGGCGACGAAGCAGUAUGGCGAGAGCGCAGAGCCGUGCCUGCUGUGUCCUAGCGUACGCAGUCCAGAGGAUCGAGCUUUGCUCCGAGAGAUGGUCAGAAAAAUUACUGACGAAUGGGACCUCGCGCUGUGGCCUUUCAGUCAACGGCGCCCUCGCAGGGAGAUAAGAUGA